UAUGGAGUUGCAUCAGGCAUAAUUAUGGAGUUGCACUACGAAAAAGUUUAGCUUUGGAGUUUGGGCUAGAAGCUGCACCCACUGAACUAUUGGAGUGUUUCCUAGUUUUUUUUCCAGUCUCAUCACCCCACUGCUGUAAUGGCUGACAUAAACUUGAUUUCAUAAUACUAGCAGAAACUCGCCGAAGCUGUAGGCUGACGAUCAGGGAUGGCAUCCCGUGAUAGUUUUCAUGAUUGUGUGGAUGACGAAAAAACAGCUGACAACUUUGAGGAUGCUCGGAGGAGUGAUGAGUUGACACCAGAGAAACUGGACGACUGUGAGCUUCUGCUUCAGGCAACUCGUCAGGGAUCAUUCGAGGACGUUCAGGCACUGCUUGGCCGGGCCGUGGUGAAUGUCAACUAUGCCGGGCGCAAUCGUGCAUAUCUUGGCUGGGGUGCCAUCCACAUUGCGGCGUAUUUCGGACAUUUGCAAGCGCUGAAGCUUCUACUCAAGAACGGUGCCAAUAUCAACUUGCAGAAUGCAUCUGGAGACACCGCCCUGCACAAAGCAGCAUUCACUGCUCGAAUGAACAUUGUACUGGAGUUGUUGAGAUGUGAAGCAGACGUGCGCAUCAUCAAUGCCAAUGGCGACCGGCCGAUCGAUGUUGCGCAAUCAGAAGAUAUUACUGAAGCUCUGAAAGCGGCUGAUCGCCGUCUGCAGUUUGAGGAAGAGCAGACAUUCCUGCGUGCAGCUGCCGAGGGUGAUAUUAGCGUUCUCAAGGACCUGCUAUCAAGUACGGCGUCUCCCGACUUGCAGUGCGUAGAUAGUCUGGGCAACACUGCACUGCACAAUGCUGCGUACAGGGGCCAUGCGGAUGUUAUCGUUCUGUUGUUUCAGCAAGGUGUUGAUGCAUCAAUCUGCAACAAAGAAGGCAAGACACCAUCGCAGGUGGCAUGUAGUGCUAAGAUCAGGGCGUUGCUGGACAUCAAGCCCGUACAGGCUGCUCAAAAACCAGCUCAACGGUUUGAGGGAUUUCUGCUGAAGAAGUCGAGGUUUUUCGGCAAGCAGCGAUGCUGGGUUGUGUUGGAUCAAGGUGUGCUUUCCUGGUUUGCUUCGAAGUCAGAUGCUUUUCAUCGCAAGAAGCACCUCGGUUUCAAGCAUUUGGCUGAUGCUGACCUGGCUACAAGUAUGGAUGACUGCAACUCUUUCAAGGUCCAGUACAUUGACCACGCCGUGCAGAUGUGGACUGUGCCGACGGAACGUUCGACUGAUGUCGACCGCCAGCGCUGGAUUAGUGCUCUGGUACAGCAUCGACUACACAGCACACGUGAAGUGCGGCCGAUGCGCUCAAAUUCCACGAACAGUGCCGACUUGGAGGAUCUCAAGCCACUGGGCAGCAUCGAAGAGUGCUUCCAGAACGCUGACGCACACCGGCUAGUAUUAGAGCGGCAGCUGCAGGAGGUUGCUCAACUCGUUCACACUGCUUACGGACCGUCCAGCACGCAAGGGUACCAUGCUGAGGUUGACUUACGUUUCAGUCAAUUGAUGACUACAGCACGUGACAUGUGCGCUGCACUGGCUGACACUGUAUCCAUCAUGCGGCAACAGGAGGAGGUACGGCGUGUGCACUUGGAAGAGGAGCAGGAGCGCUGUCGUCUUCUCGAGGAGUCGCUACAAGCUCUCGCCAAGGAGCACCAUGCGCUGGAACAGUCGCUGGGCGGCAAUGUGUCUCCCAGGACGGUGAUGGGUGCUGCAGGCGGCGGCGGCUCUGGGGCGUCCUCGCUGGUGCACUCGCCCGUGAGCAGCGUCAGCCAGUACUUCGAGGCGGGCUCGGACGACGAGUUCUUCGAGACGCGCUCGCACGUCAGCUCUCGCAUGGACGAGGACACGGCCUCGGUCAUAUCGGAGUCGAUGGCCGACCAGCGCGGGGUCCUGGAGGAAUGGCAACCGGAUGGCUACAGAACUAGCCUGCCAUGUCCAGCAAUCUCUCGUGCUGAGUUCAGUCUCUGGGCCUUUCUCAAAGAGUGCAUUGGAAAGGAUCUGUCUCGCGUCACCAUGCCAGUUAUGUUCAACGAGCCGCUGUCGUUCACACAGCGAGUGGCAGAGUCGCUGACGUACGCAUAUCUCCUGGACCGUGCGUCGCUCAGUGACGACCCUGUUCUCCGUCUCCAGUACGUGUCGGCAUUCGCGGUGUCCCAUUACGCCUGCGACGUGUUUCGCACUGGCAAACCGUUCAACCCGUUGCUGGGUGAGACGUACGAACUGGAACGCGAGGACCUCGGCUUCCGCGUGCUCUGUGAACAGGUCAGCCAUCAUCCUCCAGUAACUGCUCUGCACGCGGACUCGGCCAACUAUCGCCUUCACUUCAGCAUUCAGUCGAAGAUCAAGUUUCUUGGCAAGGGUGUUGAGGUGUGGCCAGUCGGACGUUUGACUCUUGAGCUUCUCAGGCACAAUGAAGUAUACACAUGGAACUUCAUCAACACUUGCGUUCACAACAUUAUCGUUGGCAAGAUCUGGGUGGAGCACUUUGGCGGGCUGAACAUUCACAACCACUCCAACAACCUGCGCGCACACCUGAACUUCAAGCCAUGCGGCUGGUUUGGUCGAGACCUGCAUGUCGUCGAGGGUACCAUCCAGAGUCCAAGCAAGGAGACCUUGUGCUAUCUAACGGGCAAGUGGCCGGAGGAGCUUGUCGCACUGCCGCCCAGCUCUGGCCCAAUGCUUGCGUCUAUAUCUCCGGCGCGCAAUUCGCCACUCCUCACUGCCGGCGGUGCUGCUACCGUUGCCACCACUACCUCUACCACUGACCACGGCAACGGCAACAGCACUAGUUCGGGUGCUCGUGACAUGGUGCCUGCUGGCUCCACCGCAGCCCCACUCAGGCCAGCAGUAGCAAUGGCGGCAGCAGCAGCAGUGACAGCACCAGCAUCCGCAUCGCCAUCCAGAGGGUCACCAGCACCGGGUGCUCCAGCAGCUCCAGUAGCUGCAGUAGCCACGGCUGCUGCAGCGCCCACCGAGCCCCGGCCGAUCCUGAAGAGGGGAUCAUCUUCGCUAACGCUAGAGCAGCCUGAGGGUGGUCGAUUACUAUGGCGUGCUGCUGCCAUGCCACCAGGUUAUGAGGAGUUCUACGGCAUGACUAACUUCUCGUACUGUUUGAAUGAAAUGCUGGCAGGCAUGGAGGUGAAGCUUCCGAGAACGGACUCGCGUCGACGGCCUGACAUUCGCCACCUGGAAGAGGGGCAAGCCGAGCCCUCUGCAUCAGAGAAACACCGUCUUGAGGAGAAGCAGCGUGCGGCACGAAAGGCCAGGGAGCAGCGCAAGGAUGAGUGGGCACCAAGAUGGUUCCAACAAGCAAUCAACCCAUACACGGAGACUCGUGAGUGGGUAUACAAGGGUGAUUACUGGGAACGGGAGAAGUUUGAUGAAUGUCCAGAUAUCUUCUAAGUUUUUUUUCAGUCUCACGUCAGCUGUUGGCAGUAUUGCGGUGCUUGUGCAAGUACAGAAGGCGGAGGUACCCUUUGUUUGCAAUUUAUGAUUAUUGCAACCCCAUUCCUAGGUUAGAAUGAUAUACCUGUGAUGCAUCACAGCAAAGCCAGGACACACUUGUGCUUUUUCAGUAUGGCUGUAUUUCCAUUAUAUUUCCCUUGAUCAUUGCUCCCCUCUCUUCUAUCCUUCUGGAUCAUGCUGAGUUCCUGUUUAGAGUCUAGCUAACCAUCUUGCUGGAACAGAGCCUGUGCUUAGAUUUGCCCUUCAGCUAUGAGUAGUGUUAUACUGUACCUUGCUAGGGAUGUUGUCAAGUGUGCCGGUUCAAUUCUCACUGACAGUACACAUUAGCUGCUUAGUACUAAGGCUUGUCUUUCCUUUCAACCUUUUCGUCCACACACACACACGCUCUCCCAUGCUUAGCCCGCGUGAUUUUCGCAUGCUUCGUAACCACUGGCAUCUAGUCCCUAGCCUAGCCUCUACCUUCUCUCCCUCCCACUGCUCGUGUGCUUAUUGAUCAAAAUGCCAUUUUGAGACCUCAAUUUACUACUAUAUUUGGCGUCUUCUGCCUUCUGUUCCUGCGCUGGCGUUGGGCUAGUGUCCCUAGAUGGCGAAACUUAUUUUCUUUAGUUUUCAGGACCUUUUCUUGUCUAUUUUGCGUUUGUACCUUCACUUCUUAUCAACUUGUUUUGGUUGUGGACAUGUAUUGCCCAUGCGUUUUUAGAGGUAUCGGUAUCUGUUGUUUUCUCGGUUUUAGUAUACAUGUAGUUCAUUUUGAGAUUUAUUUUUUGGUUGCCUUGGGUCACUCAAUGGCGUGCAUUACCUGCUUUGGACCCAUCUCGGGUCACUGCAGUAGAACGCAGCUAGCUGGUGUGUCACAACCUUUUUUUACAAAAGUUUUGUUACGCUCUAUGCUAUGUCCUGAUGGGACAAUUUUGAAUUGAUGCAUUGGCGAUGUUUCACAACUUUUUUUGCCAAUCACUUCGAAGUGUGAAGUUCUAAUCCAAGUUCAUGUACCGGUACAUGCAACAGC